AUGGUGGGUGCGGGGGCCCGGCUGGCGCCGCUCCUCCUGCUCCUCACCACCUUUCCAGGGCAGUGCCCGGCGGGCGAGCUGGAGGCCCCGGCGGAGGUGACGGUGGUGCUGGGGCAGGACGCCGAGCUGCCCUGCUUCUACCGGGGCGAGCCCGGCGAGCGCGUGGAGCAGGUGGCCUGGGCCCGGGUUGGGGCCGGGGAGCUGGCGCUGCUCAACGCGCAGUACGGGCUGCACGUGAGCGAGGCCUACGCCGGGCACGUGGCCCUGCCCGCCCGCCCGCAGCCCCGGGACCCGGCCGACGGCGCCAUCCUGCUGCGCAACGCCGUGCAGGCCGACGAGGGCGACUACGAGUGCCGCGUCAGCACCUUCCCGGCCGGCAGCUUCCAGGCCCGGCUCAACCUCCGGGUGCUCGUGCCCCCGCUGCCCACGCUGAACCCGGGGCCGCCGCUGGAGGAGGGUCAGGGCCGGACGCUGGCGGCCUCCUGCACGGCCGAGGGCAGCCCGGAGCCCACGGUGUCCUGGGAGACGCCGGUCAAGGGCUCGGCCACCAGCCGCUCGGCCGCCCGGCCCCGCUCGGCCGCCGUGACCACCGAGUUCCACCUGGUGCCCAGCCGCGGCAUGAACGGGCAGCCGCUCACCUGCGUCGUGUCUCACCCCGGCCUGCCCGAGGACAAGAGGAUCACCCACCGGCUCCGCGUGGCCUACCUGGCCGAGCCGUCCGUGUGGGGCCUGGAGGAGCCCGAAGAGUGGCACGAGGGCAAGGAGGGGGCGAUGCUGAAGUGCCUGGGCGAAGGGCAGCCGCCCCCCUCCUUCAACUGGACCCGGCUGGACGGGCCGCUGCCCGGCGGGGUGCGGGCGGACAAGGGGACCCUCCUGUUCCCCGCCCUCACCCCCGACCUCGGCGGCACCUACGUCUGCCGCGUGAGCAACGCCGUGUCCGCCCGCGAGAGCCGGGUCGUCGUCGACGUCAAAGUUCCGGACACGGAGGGCCCGCCGGUGGACGUGGUGUCGGCGUCGGUGGUGGCGGUGGGCGUCAUCGCCGCCCUGCUCCUCUGCCUCCUCGUGGCCGCCGUGGUGCUCAUGUCCCUCUACCACCGACGCAAGACCCAGAGGCUCUCGCAGAAAUACGAGGAGGAGCUGACCCUGACGAGGGAGAACUCCAUCCGCCGUCUGCACUCCCACCACUCGGACCCCCGGACCCAGGAGGAGAGCGUGGGCCUGAGGGCCGACGGCCACCCGGACAGUCUCAAGGACAACAGCAGCUGCUCCGUCAUGAGCGAGGAGCCCGAGGGCCGCAGCUACUCCACGCUGACCACGGUGCGGGAGAUCGAGACGCAGACGGAGCUGCUGGCGCGGGCGGAGGACGACGAGGAGCAGCAGCGCGACGCGGGCAUCAAGCAGGCCAUGAGCCACUUCGUGCAGGAGAACGGGACCCUGCGAGCCAAGCCCACCGCGGGCAACGGGAUUUACAUCAACGGGCGGGGCCACCUGGUCUGAGCC